AUGGCAGCCCCCGCAAACAAAAACAUCAAGGAUCUCAAUGGUAAAUGGGUCAUUAACAAAACACAUAGCGACUCCACGGAACCCGUCCUCGCCCUCCAAGGCAUCGGUUGGAUGACCCGCAAAGCCCUAGGUCUCGCCACGGUUACCCUCCACACUAAACAGUACCUCAAAACCCCCGACGACAACCCCUCCGCUGGCGAAGUCAUCCACAUCGACAUUGACCAGUUCGCUACCGGCGGCGUCAAAGGCACCUCCGAGCACCGCGCCCUCGAUUGGAAGUACCGCCCGCACUCGGAUUGGCUGUUCGGCGACUUGCAGGGCCGCUCGAGACUGACGACUCUGGAAGCUGUGCGCAAGGAGGCGAAGGAGACGGGGGGUACGACGGAGAAGGAUGCGGAGUAUGUGACGGAGGGUUUUUUGGAGGAGACGGAGAAAGGGGAGACAAUUGAAAGUUUUGUUGAUAACGAUGGGAAGAAGUGGACAGGGUGGUAA